CUGCCCUGAAGAGAGCCAAGUCGAAGUGUUUUGUCCCUCUUCGCUCUCCGUAUGAAAAGUUGGGCGGAGAGGUCACAGGCAUGGCGGCCGUUAGGAGAACCCAGCCUAAGACAACAUGGAAGAUGCAACUCAGAUGCUGUGACCACUAGAACAGCUCUUCUGCAUCACAGAGCUGUGAGGGAACAGGGAACUGUAGUCUUCAUGUCCUUCCCAGCCUGGACCCUCUUUAUGGAGCAGGAGCUGGGGAAGGGAGAAUGAUCACCACCACUCACCUUGAUGGGAAAGCUGACAACCUUGCCUACAGGUCUGAUAUGUGCAUCUGUAAGUGUCCGUGCAGCCAAAGAAGAGGAUCCCAGAAAGCAGCUAGUGAAACCAGAGCAGCUCCCCAUAUAUACUGCACCACCUCUCCAAUCUAAAUAUGUUGAAGAACAGCCUGGUCAUUUGCAAAUGGGCUUUGCUUCCAUCCGCACUACAACUGGUCGUUAUGUUGGCUGGUUCAAGGGUGUAUAUGUCUUUGUGAAAAAUGGGAUAAUGGAUACGGUACAAUUUGGGAAAGAUGCAUAUGUUUAUCUGAAGAAUCCGCCUGGAGAUUUUCUUCCCAAAAUUGGAGUGAUUACAGUUUCAGGAUUGGCAGGCUUGGUUUCAGCAAGAAAAGGUUCUAGAUUUAAGAAAAUUGCUUAUCCACUGGGACUAGCCACUGUAGGAGCAACUGUUUGCUACCCAGUUCAGUCAAUAAUCAUUGCAAAGGUAACUGGGAAAAAGGCAUAUGCUGUAAGCCAGCAAAUCUAUGAAGCAGUUAAAUCAUUGUGGACAAAAAGCAACAAAAAAGAAUCACUCCCUGAACCUAAAGAAAAAACUGAGGUGGAGUUUCAGUGGACCAAAAAGGUAGGAAGUUAUGCUGAAACAGAAAUACCUACAAAGACAACUCAAGCCCUGAAACAUUCAGUGCCUUUGCCAACAGAACUCAGCUCCGAAACAAAGACCAAAUCAGAACCCACCUCAGGUGCUACACAGUUUAUACCUGACCCCAAGCUCAUGGAUCACGGGCAGUCCCAUCCAGAAGAUGUAGAUAUGUACAGCACUAGAAGCUGAGAUAGACUGCAUAGAGAACUACGAGAUGUGUGAAGAUGCAAAUAAUGAUGAAAAAAAUCAUGUAAUGGGUAAACUGUGAUACAUAGAGUAUAACCUAAAUCAAGUGUUUUCCCCUUACGUUCUGCAAUGUAGAGUUUGAUCAGUCACGUCAGUGAUAAUAAACUGAAUGCAAUCCAGACAGUAUUAAAUGAUUAGUGAGGAGACAGUGGUAGAAGUACUAGGAUGCAUUUGAUGACUUUUAAGAAUAUUUAUAAGAGACCAAAAUGGAAUAAAAACAUGAACACUGAUGAGGCUAAAAUCUGAAAAUAUGUACGUAUAUCUACACAAACAUAUCUGCUCUAGCUUUUCCAAAUUAGUGUCAGCGAAAUUAGAAUGAUGUGUGGAAGGCCAUCCCCUUGCCUUUUUUUUGCAUUUUCCAGAGCUGGAAUAAAAUAUGCAUAUU